CCUUCAUGAUUUUAUUUUUUUUCAAAUGUAUACCUCCCUCUAAAGUCUAAACACUGUCUGCCUUCUCUCCUACGAUUACUGUCAGGGAAAACAAUUCGCUGCUUCGAGCAGGCGAAUGCGCUUUGGAGACGGUCCCUAACCCUGGGGCUCCAGCGCUGCUGUUUCCAGGCUCCCCCCCCACGCAUCUACACCAACUCCCAUCAAAACAACCUCGGGGGGGGGGCAGCAGAGUGUGCGUUGAAGGGUUUGAAACUUUUUUUGUUGUUUUUUAAAACACACACAGUCGCAAAGAAAACGGAGUUUGGGGAAGGCGAACCUCAGAGACGCGGUAGUGAGGAGAGGAAGGGAGGGAGGACGGACGGACUCACUCCGCCGCCUUCAGGACGCUGUGAGCCGAGCCUUACGCUUGGAGAAGCGGCUGCCUGUUACAGGCUGAGUCCCUGUGCGGCGGGCCGCCUUGAAACCGAGCCUGACGAUGCUUGUUAGUUUCGUGCUUCGAAACUGACGAGGAAAAGGUUUCCAUGUUGAGAUUGAGCUCCUGAACUCCCCCUCCCUCUCUCUUUCCUUUCCCCCCCUCCCCUCCUCCAUUUUAAACAAAAAUAUAUAGAAGCAUUUUUUUAAAAAGAGAGAGGGGGGGGAAGGGGGAGAGAUUUUGUAUUUGCAAAAAAAAAGACUGAUGGACAAUAUGUCUAUAAUCACACAAGUCAGCAAAGAAGAGCUGAGAACGCCGCUGCGAGAGAAAGGUCGCCUGUCCGUCUCCAGCAAGAAGCUACGGCAGCGCAGUAUCCUCCGUACCAUCUUCUGCUGUCUGGCUCACAGUGAGGAUGACGGUGACCAGGCCCUCAGCAACAGAAACAACAACACCUCCCAGGUGCUUGACUGCAAGAACAGCACCUCCCAGACUGCUGUUGACCACCAUCUCCUCCCUGAAGUCAAGGUUCAGGACAGUGGGAAGAAAUGUGUUGUCAUUGACCUCGAUGAGACUUUAGUUCACAGCUCGUUUAAGCCGGUGAGCAAUGCAGACUUCAUCAUUCCCGUGGAGAUUGAUGGCAACGUGCAUCAGGUGAGAGUCAAAAUCUUUACGGAAUGGGAGAAUCGGCAGGAAGGGCGAUUGCUCCUGGCAGAGGUGGGCAACUGGACUGGCGACAGUAAUGUGUCAGUCAUGGCUAUUGGCAUCGCCAGCCCAAGCCUGGGCAGAGUGAUGGGCAUUGGUUUCAAAUACCACUGCAGGAGCGACCAGCUGGUGUUGAUUCAGUGACUCUGAAACUCUCAAAUUAUCAUUAAAGAAACCUUGUUAACUAAUAUUCCACUGCACAGAACCCCACUGUACACUAUCCCAAUGGAUCAAGCCCACCCCACUGUACACAAUCCCAAUGGAUCAAACCCACCCCACCGUACACUAUCCCAAUGGAUCAAACCCACCCCACUGUACACUAUCCCAAUGGAUCAAAUCCACCCCACUGUACACUAUCCCAAUGGAUCAAACCCACCCCAUUGUAUACAAUCCCAAUGGAUCAAACUCACCCCACUGUACACUAUCCCAAUGGAUCAAACCCACCCCACUGUACACUAUCCCAAUGGAUCAAAUCCACCCCAUUGUACACAAUCCCAAUGGAUCAAACCCACCCCAUUGUACACAAUCCCAAUGGAUCAAACCCACCCCACUGUACACUAUCCCAAUGGAUCAAACCCACCCCAUUGUACACAAUCCCAAUGGAUCAAACCCACCACAAACAUACACAAUCUCAAUGGAUCAAACCCACCCCAUUGUACGUGAUCCCAAUAUGU